AUGGACGAAGAUUUAUCAGAUGACGAACUUCGGAGGAACAGAGGCCAUCACCUGCCACCCCUACUAAUACCAGAAUCUGAUGAAUCUGACUCUGAUCCAGACGAUAACAUACUUUUGUCUCAAUUGGCCUCAUCUUCAACGAGGGCUUCUAGGGCUGAAAGACCGCGAUGGAGGGAUGGAUUUUUAGAAAGAGCUGAGUCCGAAUUGCAAUGUUAUUGGAAUGAGAACCUGGGGCACCCGAAGAUCAGUACAGUAAUGUCCUGUAAUCGUUUCGAAGAAAUUAAACGCUUUAUUCAUUUUAAUGAUAAUGCUUUGCAAAUACCAAAAGGCCAGACAGGACAUAACCCUCUCCAUAAAAUUCAACCGUUUUUGGACCACUUAAGGCAGAGGUUUUUGACAAUUCCCAAAGAAGAAUACAUGGCUGUUGAUGAACAAAUAAUACCAACCAAGAGUCGGUCAUCUAUGCGACAAUACAACCCCAAAAAACCUCACAAAUGGGGCUACAAAAACUUUGUGCUUAGCGGCAGCUCCGGAUUUAGUUACGAUUUCGAAAUUUAUACUGGAGCUCAAGGUUGUGUAGAGUCUGACAGUAAUUUACCGAAAAUUAGUACUUCUAGUGAUGUUGUAGUUCGUCUUUCAAGAACGAUACCUGAAGGAGCUAACUACAAGCUAUUUUUUGAUAACUGGUACACAUCAUUGCCGCUUUUGAUUUACUUAAAUAAAAAGGCGAUUUUACCUUUAGGCACAAUCAAAGCCAACCGUAUUCCGGGUUACAAGGUCCCAGCGGAAAAGGAUUUGAAAAAAUUGGGCAGAGGUGCAACUAUUGAAAAAUUAACCACUGUGGAUAAUACUGAUAUUUCAAUCGUAUCCUGGUAUGACAAUAGAGUUGUAAACCUGGCUUCAACGUACGUUGGCAGCACACCGGCAUCAGAGGUUCGUCGCUUUAAUCAAAAAGAAAAAGCAUACCAAAAUUUACCAUGUCCAAAGGCAGUGAUGACUUAUAACAGGCAUAUGGGUAGCGUGGACUUGUUGGACGCUCUUCUUGGGUACUAUAGGAUCCAAAUUAGGUCCAAGAAGUUUUACCAUCGCAUAUUUUUCCAUAUGAUAGAUAUGGUUACAGUCAAUGCGUGGUUGCUUUAUAGACGUGGGCUGGAUGAAACAGAACCAUAUCUGCCCUAA